AUGGCGUAUAUUAGUGUCAAACUAUGGGAGCCAACUAACCAAGUUAACUUCUCCUUAGUCACAGAGUUCCUAUUGCUGGGAUUCUCCAACCUUGGAGAUAUCCAGCUCACCCUAUUUGCUGUUUUUCUGUGCCUGUAUCUGAUCAUCCUGAGUGGGAAUGUCAUUAUUGUCACUGUCAUUCAUCUGGACCGCAGCCUUCACACACCUAUGUACUUCUUCCUUGGGAUCCUCUCCAUUUCAGAGACAUGCUACACCUUUGUCAUUCUGCCCAAGAUGCUCAUCAACCUAUUGUCUCUGCUCAGAACCAUCUCAUAUGGUAAUUGUGCUCUUCAAAUGUUCUUCUUCUUGGGGUUUGCUGUCACUAACUGUCUGCUCUUGGGAGUAAUGGGUUAUGAUCGUUAUGCAGCCAUCUGCCAUCCACUUCGCUACCCCAUUCUCAUGAGCUGGAAGAUGUGUGCCAAACUGGCAGCUACUUGUGCUAUUAUUGGCUUUCUGUUCUCACUCACAGGAUCCCUCUUAGUCUUCACCCUCCCUUUCUGUGGUCCCAACAAAAUCAACCACUAUUUCUGUGAUAUCUCCCCUGUCAUUCGUCUUGCCUGUGCAGAAACCUACAUCAAUGAACUGGUAAUCUUCAUUGGUGGAGUCCUUGCACUUAUGGUGCCCAUGAUUUUUAUCUUCAUCUCUUACGGCUUCAUUGUUAGCACCAUCUUGAAGAUCCCAUCAACAGAAGGCAAGAGAAAAGCCUUCUCCACCUGUGCAUCUCACCUUACUGUAGUUAUUAUCCACUAUGGCUGUGCUUCUUCAGUCUACCUAAGACCUUCAUCCAAGCACUCUUCUGGCAAAGACAGGCUGGUGACAGUGACCUACACAGUGGUCACUCCACUUUUGAACCCCAUGGUGUACAGCCUCAGGAACAAGGAUGUGCAGAUGGCUAUUCGCAAAGUGAUUGGCAGAGGACGAUUUUGCCCGAAAGGUCUAGAAUGA